AUGGAUCCCUUUGAGAGUAUUGAUCAUAUGGAAGAUGAAGAUUAUUUUGAUCACGAGGAGUAUAUGAUACAAGCAAUGGCCCUACAUAGACAACAACAUGCAACCGAGGGAGCAUCUGCUUCACGUCGUCGUAAUUCUCAACCUCGCAUGUUCAUCCGACGUAAUCCAUUGGAAGGUCAUGAGCGCCUUUGGAAUGAUUAUUUUGCUGAGCCGUCAAUAUAUCCGCCAAACGUUUUUAGGAGGAGGUUUCGAAUGCAUUGUAAUCUUUUUUUACGCAUACAUUCUGCAGUUGAAGCUCACGAUGAUUAUUUUGUCCAAAAAAGAGACGCCAGUGGGAGACUUGGAUUGUCCUCCCUUCAAAAGAUAACUGAAGCAAUUAGGAUGCUUGCAUAUGGGGUUACGGCAGAUCUUAUGGACGAGUAUGUAAGAAUUGGAGAAAGCACCAAACGGUUGAGUAUGAAGAAAUUUGUAAAGGCGAUCGUGUCAAUUUUUGGGGGUGAGUACUUGAGGUCUCCAACCAACAGUGAUAUAGCGAGGUUACUAGAAGUCAGAAAAAACCGUGGGUUUCUAGGAAUGUUGGGUAGCAUUGAUUGCAUGUACUGGAAAUGGAAGAACUGUCCUAGUGCUUGGAAAGGUAUGUACUCUGGUCACGUAAAUGAACUAACUAUUAUUUUGGAGGCUGUUGCAUCUUAUGAUCUUUGGAUAUGGCAUGCGUUUUUUGGUUUGCUUGGGUCUCAUAAUGACAUCAAUGUACUCGAUCGAUCUUCUAUUUUUGCUACGUUGGCCGAAAGUCAUGCUCCUCCGUGCAACUACACACAAUCAAUGGUCACGAAUACACAAUGGGAUAUUAUCUUGCUGAUGCCCCGAGUUCUAAAAGACAUUAUGUACACAUGCAUUAUCUUGCACAAUAUGAUCGUUGAAGAUGAGCGUCAUCAAUAUCUCGGGGCUGACCAGUUUAUUUACGAAUCCAAUGAUGAUACUCCACAUGAGCCAAUUUCACGCGAUAAUAUACCUGAAUUCAUGGAGUUCAUUGCGCAACAUUAUUGA